AUGGCAGAAGCGUUUGCCCUGAGGGAUGGCCUCUUGCUAGCUCAGCAGAUCGGUUGCAACCGAGUGGAAAUGCAUGCUGAUUGUUUGGAAGUUAUUACCACGAUGAAUGAAGGAGGCUUCUCAGCCACGGCGGCAGCUCCUAUCUAUGACGAAUGUUGCCAGCACUGGAUGGAUUUCGCUGCUAUAUCUAUUAGUCAUUGCAAUAGAGAAUGCAAUUUAGUAGCUCAUGAAUUAGCAAGGCGAGCUUUGUUAGCAAAGACUUCUUUUGUAUGGGUAGAUGAUCCCCCUAAUGCUAUUCUCAGCAAAGAAUUUUUUUGUAUGGGUGGAUGA